UUUCUUGUUCCCUGUUCUGUUCUGUUCUGUUCUGUUCAUGAAGUGAUGAGAAACCAAAUGGAAAGGCUUGUUGUUCUUCCCUUCUCCAUUGGCUGUGUCUCUGAAUCAAGUGUUGCUAUAGGCUCUAACUACCCCAAGAAAUCAAAACAAGAAGCUAUUCCAUCUGUAACAAGAGGACAUGUAGAAGGGGAGAGCAUAUCAGGUGAAAAAAUGAAGAACUUGUUGACUCUUCCAAAGCCUAACAUCUCAGCUGGGUUACAGAGGUUGUUAAAGAGCUUCAAGAGCUUCUCUCAUAUAUUUGUGUACAAAGAUGAGGCUGAAGAGAUGGAGAUUGGCUUUCCUACAGAUGUGAAGCAUGUUACCCACAUAGGAUGGGAUGGUUCUGGUGCAACUACCAACCCCUUGAAGGGAUGGGAUAACCUUAAAGCUCCUGAAAUGGUUUCCCUUCCUAAUAUCUCUCUAAGGCAAUUUGAGCUGGCCAUGGCUGCACAGGCUGAUAAUGCACCACCACCUCUUGUCAUUAAUUCUUCUUCUUCUUCAUCUUCUAAAGUUUCUUAAAUUAAAUGAUUACUUAAUAAUGGUGAUCAUAUAGUGAUUAUAAUGAUGAUGAUGAUGUUGUUGUUAAUGUUGUUGGGGUUGUAUCAGGAAAUGUAUAAAGUGUGGGAAAUCAUUUUUGAUAAAUUGAAAACUUCUUCUCUACUCCUUAAUGCUUCUUAAUUUGCUCAUUCCUAACUUUUAGAAACUUCCAUAAACAAUGACAAAGACUUUACAACCUCAGCUCUUCAACGCCCUUUAAUUUAUGUGGCAUGACAUGUCAAGUA